CACACACACACGGAGAAACGCAGUCGGGCAGCAGCAGCAGACGCUCAGUGCUGCUCUCAGUGUGCGGAGCGGAGGAGGAACCGGCGGCACACUAGUAGAAGGCUCUGCCCGUGUAGUUAUGCCUCAGCUCCGGGGAUAUUUAUCUCAUCUCGCUCUCGCUUCUCUUUUUUCUCCUCUUUUCUGCUACCGACUUCACUUUCACCUGUCUCCUCUCUGUUGGAGAAGGUGGUAAGGAGCGCGAGCUGUGCGUCAUGGUGCGUCUUUGCGCAUUAUUUCUGGAUCUUUAAAAAAAAAAAAAAAAAAAAAAAGAGUUGUCUUUUCUCGUUUUUUCUUUUUGCCCGGGCGUUAAAGAAAAUGAAGCGCUUUUUCAGUGUGAAUGGGAAGAGAUGGAGCGUUUCGCAGCCCGUGUCUCUCUCUGAAUGUUUGGCUGCAGCUGCUGGAGAUCUGCAUGAAGCCACAGAAUAAAUCGGCGCUCUUUAUAAGGGGAAAAAAGGGGGUUGCAGUAAGCGGCUUUUUUCUCCCUCUGAUUCUCCUCUGCCUCUGACAAUGUGCCAAGUCCAUCCACCACACAGGAGCCCUGUGAUUUGCGGUGGUUUCGCUUGUUUUCUUUUCAAGGAUUGAUUUUUUUUUUUUUUUUCCUGGGGACGGAUUUUGGAUUUUUCUUUUUGGAUUCAAAGUGAAGGUCAAUGGAGAGAUUUGCGCAACUCCGGCUCCUGCUGCAAAGUUAAAUGCUGGAUCUACACUUCAGCGACCUUUUUUGGCUGUAAAAAUGCUGAGCGGCGUCCUCUUGCUGAGCGUCCUCACGGUCACCAGCCUGUCACCGUCCGAAACGGAGAGCCGCAAAACUUCAGCCUCCAAAGACAUCUGCAAGACCCGCUGCGCCUGCGAGGAGCGCGAGAACAUCCUGAACAUCAACUGCGAGAAUAAAGGAUUUACCACCGUCAGUCAGUUCCAGGCGCCCCCGAAUAAAAUCUCCCAGCUUUUUCUAAAUGGAAACUUCCUGUCUCGGCUCAGCGCCAAUGAGUUUGUCAAUUAUGGCAAUGUCACCUCGCUGCAUCUGGGGAAUAACGGCUUGCAGGAGAUCCGUACCGGCGCUUUUAAUGGGCUCCGCUUCCUGAAGCGGCUCCACUUGAACAAUAACAACAUGGAGGUGAUUAAAGAAGACACCUUUGCAGGGCUGGAGAGUUUGGAGUAUUUACAGGCAGACUAUAAUUACAUCAGCGCCAUAGAGCCGGGCGCUUUCAGCAAACUGAAUAAACUCAAAGUGUUGAUCCUCAACGACAACCUGCUGUUGUCUCUGCCUCCUAAUAUUUUCCGCUUUGUGCUCCUCACCCACUUGGAUUUACGUGGCAACCGGCUCAAGAUGCUGCCGUUUGCCGGGGUGCUGGAGCACAUCGGCGGCAUCAUGGAGAUCCAGCUGGAGGAGAACCCGUGGAAUUGCACCUGUGAUCUGAUCCCUCUCAAAUCCUGGUUGGACACUAUCUCUGUCUUUGUGGGGGACAUCGUGUGCGAGACGCCGUUCAGGCUGCACGGCAAAGACAUCACCCAGCUCAUCAAGCAGGAUCUGUGCCCGCGCAGGAAUGCUGGGGAGCGCGUCCACCCCCCCUCUGACUCUCACUUUCAAGGGGCCCUGCCCCCGACCUACCACCCUGGCGUUAUCACCCCCACCCGCGCCCCGAAAGCCUCCCGCCCGCCCAAAAUGCGCUACAGGCCCACCCCUCGCAUCUCAAAGGACAAACACGUCUUUGGGCCCAUAAUGGUUUACCAGACGCGCUCCCCGGUGCCCAUGUUGUGUCCCAGCGUGUGCGUGUGCACCUCACAGAACCCUGACAGCGGGUUGAACAUCAACUGCCAAGAGCGGAAAUUGCAUAACAUCAGUGAGCUGAACCCCAAGCCCUCCUACCCAAAGAAACUCCACCUGACCGGUAACUACUUGCAAGUCAUUUACAGAGCUGAUCUGACUGAGUACAGCUCUCUGGAGCUGCUCCACUUAGGGAAUAACAGAAUAGCAGUGAUUCAGGAGGGGGCUUUUGAGAAUCUGACAAACCUCAGACGACUCUAUCUCAAUGGGAAUUACAUUGAGUCACUUUCCCAGUCGCUCUUCGCCGGUCUGCAGUCGCUCCAGUAUCUCUAUUUGGAAUACAACAUCAUCAAGGACAUUUUCCCACAAACCUUUAACUCUUUGCACAACCUGCAGCUGCUGUUCCUCAACAACAACCUGCUGAGGUCGCUCCCGGACAACGUGUUCGGGGGCACCAUGCUAACCAGACUCAACCUGCGGAAUAAUCACUUCUCCUACCUUCCGGUGAAAGGCGUUCUGGACCAGCUCUCUGCGUUCAUCCAGAUCGACCUGCAGGAGAACCCCUGGGACUGCACCUGCGACAUUGUGGCGCUCAAAAACUGGAUGGAGCUGUCCAGCACCAGCGUUGUGGUGAACGAAAUCACCUGUGAUUCGCCCUCCAAGCACGCGGGCCGCCUGCUGCGCUCGCUCCGCAACGAGGCCAUCUGCCCCGAGCCUAGCGAGGUGCCCCCACCACAACAUGCCCCCCCUACAAAAGCCCCUACGUUAAUAAGCCCUGGCACUGAAGCCACCACCCCUUCCUCGUCCUCCUCUUCUUCUUCCUCCUCUUCCUUUAGCUCUGUCAGUCCCACUGAAUCCAGACUCCACACCCCUGAGUUACACCCCGAGGUCCCCCUUUCAGUCCUGAUCCUUGGGCUUCUCGUUGUUUUCAUCCUGUCCGUCUGCUUUGGCGCAGGCCUCUUUGUUUUCGUCCUGAAACGGCGCAAAGGGGUGGAGCACGUGCCAACAGGUGCCAACAACUUAGAUCUCAACUCUUUCCAAGUACAAUACGGUUCCUACACUCCUGAACCAACCCAAGACAAAACAUCUGAGAGCCACGUGUACAACUACAUCCCCCCGCCUGUGGGCUCCAUGUGUCAAAACCCUAUUUACAUGCAGAAGGAUGGCGAGCAGGUGGCUUAUUACCGCAACCUGAAGGAGCUCAGCUUUGGGCCCCUGGACGUAAAGAAGGACGACGUCCUCACCCGCAGCCCGGGGGCCUACACCAUCAGCACAGUGGAUUUUAUGGAUAAGUCGCCGACGUCGUGCGGUUUGACCACCCCGGAGCCUCCUGAGAUGCUGUAUCAAAACUUAGGGGAGCGGCCCAACAAGGAGCUCCCGACAGUCGCAGGUGCCCCUCCCUUCAAUUACAACUUUUGCACUUUACCUAAGAGACCUUGCAUCGUGCCCCCCUACGAGGCUGCUACGGCCCGGCGGCAUCUCUCCAAUCAGGACAGGUUGAACAAAACUGUGCUGUACGGGACCCCCAGGAAAUACUACGGGGCCGAACACCCUUCCAGACACAAUGAGCACCCGCUCCUGCUCCCCGGGAAGCUAAAAACAGAACCAGACUACCUGGAGGUUCUGGAGAAACAGACUGCGAUGAGCCAACUGUAAGAUAGCGACAGUGACCCCUCACCCCAACCCAACCUCCCCCCCCUUCCUCCCUCCACGUCCUCCAGGUUCUGUGCAGCAUUCAUAAUAAUCACGCAGUUACUGUAAUAAUAUCCCUCUAUAUAUCUAUCUUAUCUAUCUGUGUUCAAUCCGACCUGAUUGACUGGAAGCGAACUGAAGCCUUUGAUCAUCUUUUUUUCUCUCUUCCUUUUCUUCUCUUUUUGCUUUUCAAGAUGUAUAAAAGGAGUAUAAGAAGUAUAUUAUUAUGCAGUUCUAUUUUUUCUCCUGGAAGGUAUAAAUUAUUUCUUCUUCUUCUUUUUUGGAAAAAAUGAAGUUCUAAAAGACUUUGAUGACGGCAGGUAUACUAAUGGGCAAGGACUGUGUACAAAUACGGCUUUGUGCUUUUUCAUAAAACUGUAUUUUGUUUUACCUGUGAACAACAGAAAAAAAAAAGUUAUGAGAUAAUUAUUCUUUGUAGAAGAGGAAAUGCUACAGAUUGACAUUCCUGUACAUACUUAGCACACACGAGACAAACGGUGAGUGUUGAACCAUAAAAAGAAAAAAAAACCUUUUCAAAAAUCCAAUGAGCGGCGAAAUCUUACUCUACUUAACUCCAGAAAGUGCCUUUGCACUCCACUAUUUUAUCGACAAUGCUCUCUGCAAAAUGGAAAUGUUCCUUUUUUUCUGAAAGUGCUGUAUUUUAAAGAAUCAGAAUCUUUAUGUAAAAUAGAAGACUUAUUUGUCCGUUAAAAAAAAAAGAAAAGAAAAAAAAAAAAAAAACAAGAAAAACUUGAGACUGAGUGUGAACUGAUAUGUGAGUUGUUGACAGGGAGAAUCAUGUUCUUUUGCUCUGUCUUUGGAGAUGUACAACUUCUAGAGAACAUUGUAUGCUAUAGGGGAGCAAUACAGCGUGGCAAAGAUUGCGCCAUUAAAUUUUCACUGAAGCACUUUGUCAAGA